AAGGGUCAAAUUAGCCUUUGAACUUCUAUUCAAACUGCCAACCAAAAGUCCCAGUCAGUCAUCAAAUAAUGUGAAUCAAGUCGGAUCCAUUUUUUUGUAUAAAAAGACACAGGAAAACACAAAUUUUCGACCUGCAAAAUGGAAGAGACUGAAAUUUCAGAAAAUAAAAAUUUAACACAAGCAGACAAGAUGAAACCAGCAAGUGCACAUGGUGAACACAAGGAGUUGUAUUUGUUGAGUGUUUCAGAUUCAGAAGAUUCACUUGGACAAAUGGGUCUUGACAAGAAAAAGUUAAGUACGGUCAAGAAUCUCAAAAUGAUGCAAUCAAAUGUGGACGAUUUGGAGCAAAGCCGACAGGCAAAGGAAAAAACGCUGGAUGUACCACAAAAUAAUAUGGAUGUUCAGGAAAAACAGAAGAUCGAAUCAGAGGCAUCCAUGCAGUUAAGUAAAGCUGAAGAAAAUGUGGAAAUUUCUGGAACCGAGGAGGAUAACAUCAGAACGAACUUGGAUUCGGCAAAGGUUAGUCGAAAGGACUCAAAAGAACUAAGUCAAGAACAAAACAAGACAGAAAUAUCUGGAACAAAGGAUGAAAAUAUCGGACUAAAGAAGGCCUCAGAAAAAACUAUUCCGAAGAAACCCAAGGUACCAAGUCAAGCCAAGUUAAGGGAUGCGGUGUCGAAUAGACAGCUAAAUAAGGAAGAGAAGUCCCAAAACAAGUUAAGUGCAGAAGAUGAUUCUUCUCCCCAGAAAAGUCUCUUUGGAGAAAUUAAGGCAGACGAGGAAAAUCGCAAAACGGAACAUCAAGCAGGCGAGGAAAUUCUGAAGAGCAUUCCAGAAAAACCUGUAAAAGGAGUACUAAACGCAAAGGAACAGGACACCAUUCCCAAGCCCGAGCAUUUCCAGCAGACCUUGAGUUAUCGGAAUGAACCAACGGCAAGCACUUCUUCUUCUGCAUCGGAUUCGAUAAAAGAUGCAGAAAAACCUAAUAAAAUUGAAAUGAAGAUCGACCCAAGGAACAAAAUUAAAAAGGACAUGGAAGAAUAUUUCAGUGGCAUUCAGGCCCUGGAGGUGAAGAAAAAGCUGCACGAUGAGAUGAACGCAAAGGAGGCCGAAGCCAUUUUGAAGGAGGAGCAGCGAAGGAAAACCUGGAAGGAAAUGCUCUCAGAGGUCGGCCGAGCCACAUCCCUGUCCACAUCCACUCACAGCACUUCCACGGGAAGACCUCCCCGAUCCGUCGUGGUGGCCAUCCUGCAGCGCACCGCAAAGGCUGAGUACAAGAGGAAACUGACCAUCCUCCAAGAUAACUUCAAAUAUCGCCUGGGGCUGAUCAAGCAGCUUAAACACGACAUGAAAAACAACUUUAAGAGCGAAGCCCAGCAACUCUAUUGCGACUACCACACCAUCAAGAAUCAGACUCAAAACCAACCCACUCUAAACGAGAUGUAUACGGUGUACUCCAAAAACAGCCACGAAGAAUAGCAAUCCUUAGCGAGAACCAUUAGUUAGCCUUACCUCUUGUACCUCUACUAUCCACCACCAUUAAGGAACCAUAGAGAUAGGAAACACUAGAAACGAGUAACCGGCAGCCGAAAGAAGGAUAAUGA